AUGGCAGACCGAAGGCAAGGCGAGAAACCUGCAUAUGCCGUGGAAACGAGAGGUCCUCUGCUGAACACAGGCUCCGACAGUGACAGUGCGCCGCCUAAAUACUCCAAAAGUGCUCGGCGGCUGUUGUCUGUCAGUGUUAUUGCAGAAGGCUUGCUGGAUUUACUCCUCGCUCUCUGCUGCGCCUACUUCGUCAUAUUCGCUGCUCUUGUCUAUUCCAGGCGCGAUCAGGCUGUCAACCGACCAGGCAAUCAGGACUUGCUUGAAGCCGCCAAAUAUUCUCCCACCAUCUUCCCCAUCUUAUUUUCUGCAGUUGUUGCCAAAUUUCUAAGAGCAGUUGCGGCUGUCAAACUCGAACAGGGAACCUCCGUCCUCGCGCUUGAAUAUCUCCUGCAGUGCCGUACCGUCUUCAGUACUUUCAUAGCACCAGUCACUUUGAAGACCGUCAAUGUCCUUACACCACUUCUCUUUCUCCUUUGGGCACUCUCCCCUCUGGGUGGCCAAGCCGGGCUACGGGUGAUAUCUACAAAGGAAUCUUUUUUGAACGCGACACAGAAUUUUACAUAUCUCGCCUUUGUAUCUGAAUUUACGAACGAAGGUAUCAAUUCGCCCUCAGCAGAGCCACUUAUCCCGAUUAAUGCCAUCUUCACCUCUGCUAUCAUCGGCUCGUCGAAGGCAAAAAAUUCGUCCCAAGACCCAUUCGGUAAUGUCAAAAUACCCAUCUAUGAAAGCCUACCUUUGUCGUCAUCCGAGGACGACUCAGACUGGAGGUCCGUUCCAGACUCGGGUGACGUCGAAUGGAGCUCUCUCACGGGCCUGCCCCUGCACAACCUACCGUCAGCGGGAGUCUCACGGUUCACGAUGAACACUGGUUAUAUGGUGACAAGCUGCAAUGUUUCGGGCCACGACUGGACUCAAGCGUACAGACAAAGCCUUGAGCAAUAUGUAGGCUGGAGCGGUGCGAACUAUGCCCUCACUCCGAACAGGCACGACCAGUUCGCGGUAACAAACUUCACUUUCCGGUCUCUUGAUAUAAACGGCGAUAGUUCGACGGAGGGAAAGAUUCUCACUGUCGCAAACUGCACUGUCGGUAUGAGGUACGUGGAAGUGCAAAUCAAAUGCGACGGUCAAAUCUGUCAAAGCGUUGCUGCUCGACCUGCCAAAAACCCUGCCACGCACAAACAAAAGUACAACGUUAGUCCCCUUAAUGCCACCGACUGGACACCGAUCAAUGGCCUUGGCCAAGCAGAUAUCAUGUAUACCUAUUUCUUCCCGGACUUCACCAACGCAACCAACCCGACAGUGGGCUGUGAUACCGUAUUCUGUCCUCCAAGUGCCAUAGAAGCGUACUUGGUGGACCCAGCCAAUCCUCUAUUGCAGACUUCCACCAGCAAGAUCUGGAAGCUCGGAAACGAUCUUGUCUCCCAACGGUUCACGCAACUCAUCAAUACUUACUGGAUUGACAGCAUCGCCCCAGCUGCAGUCCUGGGAAACUUCAGCUUGGCCACCAGCGACGUGGGCACCACAUCGCAGUACAACAUGGAUAGCACGAUUGGCACAAUCACGACCAGCGAGAUUGUUGUCAAGUGCGACUACAAGUGGCUCGUUAUCCUGCUCGUCUGCUCUAUUGUGCUGUUCAUACUCGGCCUGGCCACGGUAGUGCUGACGGCGUAUCGGCGUGGGCCUGACUUGUUGGACAGGUUCAGCUCGCUUCUGAGGGACAAUCCGUACGCCAAUAUUCCUCAUAAGUCGUCGAUGGAGAACGCCGCGGAGCAGUCGAAGCGACUGGGUAAUCUGAUGGUUCGGCUCGGCGAUGUUCGUCCCGAGGACGAUGUUGGGUAUGUUGCAAUAGGCGUACUUGGUGGCAAUCACGCAGUGCAGAAAAUGAGCCGGAGGAGGAAGUAUGCUUGA